GGUCAUCCCUUCACUCUCGUAGAGAAAGGGAACGCUGAUGCCAUGAUGGUGGUCACUCCUGCAGGGAUCUUCCAGUGUUGCUCGGCCGCCUCCGACUCGAUCUACGAGGAUGUGGACACUCGGACUCUUCCAGUGGUGUGGCGGUGCAACGCCCGCCGCCGCCGCUUUGUGGAGGGCGUCGAUCUGAUGCUGCGCCACGGCUACGGCGAUUCACCGCUCGAGGGGGAGGCGUCCAUUCUCUGGUAUUUGGAGGAGAUCGCUCGGAGUGGAGAAGGUGGCCCCAUCCAGCGUCACUACAACUGGGCUCAUCAGCUGCAUUCCGGGGGUGAUCGUUCGGUGCCUGGGCAUUUCUACAUCAUGAAGGUCCUCGAGCUGGCCGCCGAGGUGGACCGGCUCUACAUCCCCACUCUGGUCUCUUUGGAGGCGCUUGGGUGGGGCGCCAUGCUGAUCGAGCGGGCGCUUCUCAACUCCCCUGAGGGCACCGACUACACCGGGGCCGACGACUUCAUGGGUUGGGGCCCGGGCCGUGGCAGGGCUCGGGUCGCUCCGACUUUGGUCAAGCAUGUGGUCGAGAAGGCACGCGACAAGGCAUCUGUGUAUGAGGAGGUGCUCAAGCACAAUGAAGAACUUCGUUUGAGGAAGCCGCCCAAGGGCCCCGAGAAGGAGGGCCAGGGCGCCGGCUGGGCUUUCUCGCUGGUGUCGUCGCUGAAGAGCGUGACGUCCCGCGUGAACUCCUUCCUCUACCUUAUAUUCCUCAGGGGCCAGUCGCUGGUUCCCACCUUUCCCGAGGAGUUCGACGGCGGGUCCAGGGGCGACCGGGCCACCGUUGACCACCUGUACGACACCAUCAAUUCUUUUCGGCCGCCCUCUCAGACGGCCUCGGACGAGGAAACCAUGCGUGCGCUCCUCGGCAACAGAGUCCCCUAUGGCGGGGACGAUGACUUGACAGUGGUACCCUACGACCGUGCUCUGGUGUCUAUCCCUGGUGACGGACGCGUUCCCGUGCCCCUUACCGAGGUGCUGCCGCCGGAUGCCGCAAAGAUGAUCGUAGAUUUUGAUGCCCACCUGCUCAAGGGCGCCAACCAGCGGGGUGCGGAGGUGGAGCGUGGUCUCGAGCACAUCGGUUCCUACAUGGGCCCCCGGCUCCGGUUCAGCCGCGGCAGCUAUCUCACCUUCAUCGGUGACCUGUUCAGAG